CUUUUGUUGAACGAAGAAAGUUAUCAAAAUAUAGUACUAUAAUUAAAGGCUUAUUUUUAAUAAGUUUGAAGCACAUGCUAUUUAAUUUGUGUAUAUAGGUUGAAUGCACACAAAACAUAAUAUAUCUUUAUGAUAAACCGUGUAUCACUUCAUAAUUUUUUUUCUGCGUCACUCAUCUAAUUUCAAAUUUGAGUCAAAGAAAAUUGAAUAUCUAUAAUCGUGAGUCAAGUUAAUUUUCAUGUCAGACGUAAGUUUACAUGUAGUUGUGCGACGUUACAUAGCAAGGAUGCCAAGUUUUAAAGUUAUUAAAUUAUAGUUUGUUAUAUUUUAGAUACAAACGGAAUUUAACGAAGAACACUUAAUGAUUAAUCAAUCAUUUUGAGAUACACAACAAUAAUGUAUCAUGUACAAACAGUUUUGAUAUACACCCUGGUUGCAUUAACUGGUGUAUAUACUCAGAACUUUUUAUAUGGAGAAGAAUAUAAUCAAUGUCCCCUACAUUGGAUAAAAUUCCAAGAAUCAUGUUACCGUUUUAUAAAAAGUCCUGUUAGGGAAAGACAAGAUGCGAGAAAAAAUUGUCAGGCCUAUCAGAGUGAUCUUCUUACAAUUAAUUCAUUGGAAGAACAUGGAUUUAUAAUGUAUCAGUUGUUAUGGCAAGAUCCACAACACCACAAAUGGUACACUGGUAUAAAGAAUCAAAAUGGUAAUUGGGUGAAUGAAGCUGAUAAUACUCAAUUAACAAACAUGGAUAAUGCAUUUUUACCAGAACCGAAUGAUAGAGAUUAUAAUAGAGAUUAUGUAGUAUACUCUUAUAAUAAUAAUCUACGACGUUGGGGACUUGAAACUGUAACUGGUAGUGAAAAAUUGUUAUAUAUUUGCGAAGCGCCUAUGUCAAAUUUGCAUAAUUUAAUAGAAGACGAUCGCACUUACCAUUAUGGUGUUGAGAUUGAAAAUCCUAAUGAGAUACCUAGAGGGCCAUAUUUUAUUAAACAACCUGUGGAUAAAGUAUUUGAUGUAUCAAAAAGAAAAAUAAACAAUGAUAUUUCAUUAAGCUGCUUAGCAGGUGGCUAUCCUGCACCCACAUAUGAGUGGUUUAAAGAAGACUAUGAAAAUGAUAGAUUAAUUGCAACAAAAAUAAAUCCACUAGAUAAUGCAAGAUAUACUGUAAGCGGUGGUACUUUGAUUAUCUAUGAGCCUGAUCAGACAGAAGAUAGAGGUGCAUACCAUUGUAAAGCAACAAAUAAAUUUGGUACAAUUAUAUCUGAAAGUGUGGAACUAUCAUUUGGAUAUAUUUUGGAGUUCAACUUAAAACGUUCAGAAGAGCGAGGAGAUCAAAAAUGGGGAAAAGCUGUAUAUUGUGAUCCACCUCAACAUUUUCCCGGAGUAAAAUAUUAUUGGGCACGUGACUAUUUCCCUAAUUUUGUCGAAGAAGAUAAACGUGUUUUCGUUUCCCAUGAUGGAGCUCUUUAUUUUUCUGUAUUGGAAAUGAUUGAUCGUGGAAAUUAUUCUUGUAACGUUCAAAGCGUUGCUUCCGACACCGGUCGUAACGGACCAUUCUUCCCUUUAAGAGUUGAUCCACAUUCCUCUUUCCAGCAAUUAAAGUUUCCUAAUAAUUUUCCGAAAGCAUUUCCUCAAGCGCCAAUCGCAGGAGAAGAAGUUAGACUCGAGUGCAUUGCAUUUGGAUAUCCUGUUCCUUCGUUUAAUUGGACAAGAAGGGGUGGCUCAUUACCACGUGGAUCAUAUACAACUAGUUAUAACCGAGUAUUAAUUAUACCGAAAGUACAUGUUGAUGAUCAAGGAGAGUACAUUUGCAGAGCCCAUAAUGACAGAUUGUCGAUUGAAAACUCUGUAACAUUAACUAUUCAAGCAGCUCCAAAUUUUACUAUUCCACUGGUAGAUAAACACAUGGAUAACAGAGGAGAACUAACUUGGACUUGUGAAGCAUUUGGAAUACCAGAUGUUACUUAUAGUUGGUUUAGGAAUGGUGAAUUAUUAAACGUAGAUACCCUUCCUAUCGAAGAUAGAGAACGAUAUUUUAUACAAGAUAAUGUUCUAACUAUAAAAAAUUUGGACCCCGAACGAGACCAAGCUAUGUAUCAAUGUCGCGCCAGAAAUCAAUUAAAGACAAAAUAUUCGUCUGCACAACUAAGAGUUUUAUCAUUAAAACCAUCAUUUAAAAAACGGCCUAUGGAACCUGAAACUUAUGCAGCUGAAAGAGGUAAUGUUACUAUCUUUUGCAAUCCUGAAGCUGCGCCCAAACCAAAAUUUGUUUGGAAGAAAGAUGGAAAUAUUAUUGGCUCUGGUGGUAGACGUAGAAUCUUAGAAGGUGGCAACCUUAUAAUUAGUCCUGUUUCAAGCGAUGAUGAAGGCACGUAUGUUUGUAGCGCAACAAAUCAAUAUGGAUCCGAUGAAACUCGAGGGCGAUUAAUAGUGUUACGUCGCCCAUAUUUUCUGGAAAAAUUACCUCAACGUAUAACUACAGCGGUAAUGCAAAAUCAAACUUUACGCUGUAUAGGGGAAGUGGAUGAAAUGUUAGAUGUAGCUUAUAUUUGGAAACACAAUGGUUUACGAAUCAGGGAUGAAGAUCUAGCAAGUAAUCCUAGAUUACGUAUCGAUGGUGGAGAACUAAAUAUAAUAAAUGCUACAUUCGCGGAAGCUGGGGAUUAUGAGUGUAUAAUUAAGAGCGCUGUAGGGGAAAUUUCUAGUACAACAACGGUUAUGAUAGAAGGACCACCUGGACCACCAGGUGGUGUUCAAGUUGUAAAUAUCGUCAAAACAUCUACAACAUUACGUUGGACAGACGGUGCUUUUAAUGGCAGACCCAUUACUAUGUAUACUGUAAGCGCGAGAACUAACUGGAACCACACAUGGUUCAAUGUUAUAGAAAAUAUCACUGCCAUAGAAGUAGAUAGAUACAAUGGCAGAAAAGAGGCUUAUUUGGAAAAUGUUUUAAAUCCUUAUACUACUUAUGAAUUUUGUGUAUCCGCUUUUAAUGAAUUGGGAUAUAGUGUGCCAUCAGCACCUUCUCCACAGUAUAGUACACCAUCAGAUAAACCAUAUAAAAUUCCAUCUAACAUAGGUGGGGGAGGUGGUAAAAUUGGAGAUCUGACAAUAGCAUGGAAUCCUUUACCACCUUCUGAACAGAACGGUCCAGGAAUUUACUAUAAAGUCUUUUGGCGUCGAAAAUAUCACGAGAAAGAGUUUCAGUCUUUAUCUCUGAAAGGACAGGGUAACAUUGGAAGAAGUGUUGUAGCAAUACAACCGCAGUAUUAUUAUACAGAAUAUGAAGUCAAGGUUCAAGCGAUAAAUUCAUUAGGUUCUGGGCCAGUUUCCAAUGAAGUUACGAUAUUUAGUGCAGAAGACAUGCCACAAGUAGCUCCACAACAAGUUGUUGCACAUAGUUACAAUAGUACUAGCUUGAAAGUUAGUUGGUCGCCAAUUGAACAAACUCGUGAAAAGGUACGAGGCAAGUUGAUAGGUCAUAGGAUAAAAUAUUGGAAAGAAAGUAACAGAGAAGAAGAUGCAGUAUAUUAUUUGUCUCGAAGUACACAACCUUGGGCUCUUGUAGUCGGUUUGCAACCUGAUACCUAUUACUACGUAAAAGUAAUGGCAUACAACUCUGCCGGAGAAGGUCCCGAAAGCGAACGAUAUUUAGAAAGAACUUAUCGAAAAGCACCACAGAAACCACCGUCUUCUGUCACUGUGAACGGUAUAAAUCCUUCGACGAUCAGAGUUGUAUGGCGAUACGUACAGCCAAGUUUAGAAGAAGAACCAUUAAUAGGUUAUAAAAUACGUGUGUGGGAAUUAGAUCAAGAUAUGAGUACCGCGAAUGAUACCAUUAUACCAGGUGGAUCAAAAUUAGAAGCAGACAUCACUAAUCUUACCCCUGGUAAAGCAUAUCAUUUACGAGUACUCGCAUUUAGCAAAGGAGGAGAUGGACGCAUGUCAAGUCCAACUCGUACAUUCCAAAUGGGUGAUGAAGCUCUUUUUAAAAGUAGCGCGAGUAACAAGAUAUUAGAUGCUGCCUUAGGUAUAUCAUUGUUAUUACUAUUACGAAUUUAUAAUUGUGUGUAAUAUGAGCAUAUUUUUUAUACAAAAUAGAUAUAGCAAAUAUUUAGCAACCAUUUUUAAAAAUGCAAUGAAAAAAUGCAAUAUAUUGAAUAUUUUUAUGUAGAUAAAACAAAUAUAAAUUUUUAUAAUUUUUUUACAUUAUUAAGUUAAUGGUAUCUAAUAUUAACACGUUACUAAUGAUCUGAAUAUUAUUGAAUAUUAAUAACACAUUAAAUUGUUACAAAUAACAAGAGAAAACAUAAUUAAGACUUUUGAUCAGAGUAACGUUUGAUACAUUCAUUUUGUCAGUAUAAAAAUUCAUUCGUUUAAUAUCAUAUCAUGUUUAACAACAGUAACUGAUUCUUAUAUAGUAUUGUUAUACAGUAUGAGUAAUUUUGUACUUCAAAAUAUUACCUUAAUUAACCUAACUUCUAAACGUUAGUUAAUCUAAAACAUUAAUUAUAUUAAUGUUUAACCGCUUAAGUGCUAGUAUGAGUUACAAGAAUAUUGGUAUGAGAACGUUGAUUAAGGGCCCCAGAUCAACAUACAUUUUAUCAAAACAAUGAUAUUUAGUUAUUUCAACUAUACACAUAGUUAACUAGAAUUAUCCCGAGAAAUCAGAUAAUAAUUUAAAAAGUUAUAUCAUUAAUAAAGAAGGAGCAAAAUAAUACUUGUUGGCAAUCUUCUGGUAAAGAGAAAGAAUGCGAUAUUCUUUAAUAUCUUCGGAAUAUAAGUCAUAGGUGCGAUUGUGCAGCUAAAAGUAUAAUCAGUUAAAUAUAAUAUAAAAUUUUUAUUAUUUUUGCACAUUUUUAUAAUUAUUUUUAAGAAUUUGUAAACAAAAGAUCUUUUUAUUUUAGUUGACAAAGCUUCUAUCCAUCCGUCCAUAAAUAUCCAGAUGAUAGACUGUAAAUAAUAUUUAUCACCUUAAUCUUUUUCAAUAAAUUUUGAAACAACUUUAAUGUUGCUCUGUUUGUACAGACAAUAAUAAAAUACUUCAUAAAAAAUUUCAUUAAGGAAUCAAUAAUUUGAUACAUAAAUUUUCAGUUAUGUAAGAAGUUUUUUAUUGGAGAAUGACAUUAAGAAAUAAUGUUUUUUACGGGUGCAUACAAAUUUAGAUUUGAAUAGAAUUCAAGUUUUUAUUAUGUGUUUAUUAAUAUAACUUUUAGUUAUAAGAAAUUGUGUAUCAUUUUGUAUUAAUGUAUUACUAAACAAACGAUCUGAUAUUAUACGUUUUACAAU